AAGAUGUCACGGGCCCAGGCUGAGAGUGUUAUAAAGAAUAUCAUUCGAGAAAUAGCUCAAGAAUGUGCUAGUAAAGGUCAAGCUGUAUCUGAAACACUGGUAGCGUUUAUGGUGAAAGCAGUUGUAUUGAAUCCUGCAAAUGAAUUCAACGUCGACAGAACCCUCACUAAGGAUGAUGUUCAAAAGCUUAUUAAACUCUGUGUUGAACAACUUCUUGAUACGCGGUCACCAGCCUUAGACACUGUUAAAAUGCAGGUUUAUUUUGAUAUGAAUUACACCACCAGAUCAGACUUCUUAGAUGAACACAGAAGAGUUCUAGAAUCACGUCUGCAACCAGUGAUAAGGGAGAUAACUGAUAGUAGAGCAAGAACGAGAGAAGAGUUAGAAUCUUUGUAUAGAAAAAUAGUUUCAGCUGUAUUAUUACGUUCUGGUUUAGGAAGUCCCACUGAUAUUGCAGUUGUUAGAGAAGCCACUGCAGCAUUACAGAGUGUCUUCCCUCAAACAGAAUUAGGAACAUUCAUGUCUUUAUCAAAACGAGACAAAGAGCGUCAGAUUCUUGAGCUAACUAUGAUAGUUACUGGUAUUCGACUCUUCAAUAAAGAAUGUGGAAAAGGUGGUGAAGGUAUUGAUGAUUUACCAGCCAUUUUGAAUGAAGCCGUUCCUGCCACAACCCAGAGUGUGGAUACAGAAAUACAAGCUACAUUACAGCACACCUAUAAAUACACUACUUUGUUAGAGAAAGCCAAUGCUGGUGAACGACUUGAAGGCUUAUCAUUACAGUUGGUCAGAGAAUCUCUUAUAAAUGGACGUCAGCAUGAAGCUUUCUUGAGAGUCAUACUCAGUGAUGUCAUUAGCUGUGCUCAACAAGUGGAGAUGCUGGAAAAUCAAUUAGCAGCCAGAAUGGAACAGCUUCAGAACACCAUCCAGUCUAAAACAGCAGUACCUACAGCUCAAGUGUAUCCUCAAUUCAUUCAUCUAGCUCAGUUGUGGAGUGGAUUUCAAGAUGAAAUGGUAUUAUUGAGUGUAUUAAGUAACAUCCUGGCCAGUUUGGAACCUUUCACCAGGGGACAUAGAGAAAUAUUUACUGAUGAUGUAUUGAAUCCUUUCCUUGAAGGUACCCAAAUUAAAACAGAUGAAGACAGAGUUAAAGGGGUAUCAGGACCAGACCAGUUUGUUAAUCCUAAAGAUUAUCAAGUCAGUCAACUGGAUUGGUUGUUCCCAGAAACAACUAAAAACUUCCAUAGGUUACCACUUCAGUAUCGAGGUUAUUGUGCACUCACUCUUGGGAAAUUUGACCGUCUGCUUUUACCCUCCAAUCCAGAUAUUGGUGUUCUUCGAUAUAAAGAUCAUCAUUAUGCUUUCUCUUCCAAAGCAGCUGCUUAUGAGUUUGCUGAAAAUCCAGCGAUGUUCAUCCAGCUGGUGGCAGAAGGCGCGAAAAAAAGUCCAGAAUUAAUUCAGUUGUUAGAACUCCAUAAUCAAUUUUCAACCAUCACCCCUUACAGUCAAGGUAAAGAUGCUGGUCGAAUGUUAGAGAAACCGGUCACAAAAUGUGACAGUGGAUCACAAACAGACACACAUUUUAUGGAGUCCAAUAUCGUCAAGGGUUACGAAUGGAAUGAAUGGGAAUUAAGGAGAAAAGCCAUCAAGUUAACGAACCUCAGAACCAAAGUAACUCACUCAAUUCAGACCAAUCUCAGCAACAUGAGAAGAGACAAUGUAACUCAAGUCUACUUACCCAAAGAAAACGCCACUCAAACUAAGGUGGACUCCUCUACUAAUGUACCGAAACCUCAAGUAUUUUUGGCUGGUUUAAGGGGCGGUGGUAUGGGUGUACCAACAGAAAUGACCAAAGUUGAUUUAACUAUUAGUGUUGAUGAACCUUGAAGAUGUUUUUUUUUGUUUUUUUAAAGACAGAUUUUGUUAAGAAUUUUUAUGUAUACAUGAAUUGCGAAUAUAUCUGUUUAUCUCAACUUUUCUCCUCUACUUUUGCUAAAAUAAUCACUUAAUAUUGCUCAUUUAAGGGUCAUGGUUCGCCAUUUUCAGGGUUGAUUUGGGUCUUUAGAAGGAUUGAAAAUCUUGGAAUUUCUUCUCUUAUUUCUAUAGAUGUCUUUUCUAUAUAUAUUGCAGUGUCCCAAAAACAGAUAAUUCUGAACACACAUGAUUUGAAUGCUCAAAUUUCGAAGGUGAGCUGUGAACAGCAUUACUGAUUGGCUUAGCUAAAAAAUUCCUGUUUCUGAGACUAAAGUAUGAUUGGUCAAAAAAAUAGUGCAUCUGUGCCUUAAAUGAUACUCUCUGAUGGAAUUUACCAUCACACAUUUUUAAGAAAGGUCUGUUUUAAUUUUGUCUUACUUCUUUUCAAUAGAUGACGUCAGUUGUGUUGUGAGCCUCACAUUCGAGGUUUCCAGACAUGAAUAAUGUCUGUUAAGAAUUUAAUUUCUUGAAAAUCAGCUUCUCCUUCAAAUGAUAUGGUUAUGUAUGACCAUCAUUGCUUGAUAAAGACAUCGUCGAAACGUUAUUUAUUAAAGGAAAUGUUAUCC